AUGAGUACUUCCAGUACUACAUUCUCGGAAUGCCUCAAGGAGACUGAUGCCUGUAGACGACCAAACUUUGAAGGCCUCAAUGCUUCCGAAGCUACUUUUGCUGCCCGUCAAGUCCUCAGGAAUAUGUCGGUACUGAAGACCGAGGAGCAAAGACGGCAGGAUAUUAUUCGCUGCCAAGAAGAGGAGGCAAUCCGCCGCAAGCAGGAGGAGCUAAUCGAGAAGGCUGCGGAGGAGCGACGUGCAAUUAAAGCCAAACUGGAGAAGGUGAGGCUCGAACAAUUGGAGAAGGAUGAGUCGCAGGCGCUUGUGCGGCAACGACAAGAAGUUGCUUCAGCUAUUGAAGCUCUGAAAGAAGCUCAGAACCGCUGCACUCAACAUAAGAAGCAGAUUGAGGAGGAUAUUUUGAAUGCAUCAAUCAGUCUGAUGGAGAGUAGAAUUAAGUUACCCGUGAAAGCUGUUGAAGAUAUCCCCAAAUCCUCAGCCACGUUCGAGCUCUCCGGUGGAUAUACUGAUCUAGGUGCUGAUGGCUUUUCGACUCCUCCACCGAAGUCUACGUCUGGUGGAAGUCUCAGUGGUUGGCUGGGUGACGCUAUCAGGACAUUUCGUCGCCACCUGAAAGGCCAUUCGCCAGAAGCGGUGUAUAUUGACUUGUGCGAAGAUCGCUAUGGGAACGGGAGUGAUCAUAGUUCCCUUGCACUCGGAUGCCGAGACUAA